AUGGCUCCGCUUCCUCAUAACGAGGCGGAACUGGACAGCCAUACUUCGGACUUGGCCAGCCAGGACUCUCCGCUGCGCCGACAAUUCUCCGAGCCAUUACACGCUCACUCUACUUCUACUCAAGCGUCUCCAUCCCCUUCUCCCAUGAUGCACAAAUCUAAAUGCUCUUGGUGCGGCAAGGAAUUUGAGUCUGCCAAUGAUUCGAAGUCGCAAUAUGAUGCUCUCAAAGAACAUAUUGCUACCGUUCAUCCGCAGAUUGCCAAAUUCUCCAUGUAUGAGGGUGCCGACGAAGAUGAAGAGUCUCAACUCCACGAAGCCGACCCUCAAGCAGAGGACAAUGCAGAGGUCGCGGCCGAGAGUGAAGCGGAUGACGAAGAGCAAGAUGAAGCCGCUGCAAAUGGCGUGACUGAGGUGACGGAAGCUUACGAUAACGACAAGGACCAAAGCGUCGAUGGCGAUGAAGCUGACGGCCCCGAGGCUGACGCUCUUUCUAAUCAGCUUCAUGAGUUCUCUCGCGGUCAAGACUCAGUUUCGUUGGAUCAACGUCUGCAUAAUCUGUGGAGUGUCAAUGAUAUCCGUAAAUUCUCGGAAGACUACGACGAGAAGUCGUCUGACCUAGAUCACUCUUGGUCCAUGGUGCUCCGGGGCCCGAAGCGCGCUCAAAAGCGUGAAGACAACGAAUUCGCUGAACGGCCUGGACCGUAUAAGCAAGUUAAAGCUGCCAAAGGGGAGUUCCUAGAAAUGACUCCCCUAGAAGAGUUUUUGGCGCCGCUUCGGGACCCGGAGCACCGCUCGACCGAAGAGCUGUAUGCUAUCACAGAAAACGUGGCAUAUGCCUUGAAAGCGUGGCAGGACGAGUAUAUGGCCAUAGAAAAGCUGCACAAGGUAGCGACUCGCCAUAAUGCCAAGCCGACCAGCGACCCGAGGAAGUUGCAAAGACCUCAAGUAUUUGAGGAUAAGAAGGAAGCCAUGCUCUACGGCUACAAGUACGAGGCCAAGGAGGAUAAAGUGGGCAACCAGAACCCAUUCACGCAGGGCGGGUUCAAGCCAACGCCCGCUCAAUACCGAAAGAUGACGGCCAAGAUUGGACCCAAUCAUCCUAACCCGGAUGGCUGGCGCACCAUCGUCAAAUUCGGAGUCGAGCACGUGCCGAAGUUCCAGAACCCGCCACGCGAGGAAUUUGUUGGCAAGGCAACGCGCAAGCGCAGGGCCGCGGAGCUGGAGGCGGCUAACCGAGAGAUGGCCGCCUCUGGCUCCGAAGAGCCCACUAUCGAGACACCGGCUCAGACUGACACCGAAGAGUACGGACCCAAGCGGCGCACGCGUGGCCGUCGCCCUGGCACCGAGGUCGACGAAGCUCAGGCAUCCGCCACACCCCCUCGGGGUGCGGUUCGGGGACGUGGAAGUGGCCGCGGCCGCGGUAGAGGUGCAGCUCGCGGAGGUGGAGUCAUUGCUUCGACGGAAAUAUAUCAGCCGGUGGCCGCUGCGACCUCAGCACCACGGCCGUCAUCGGGACGAGGGGAACAUGGGGCUAGCUCCCUUCAGGCACGACCUGCCACUGCCCAGUUGGCACCGAUCGAACCGGCACCUAGUACGACGCCUACGCCUCCCGCAAGCAUCCAAACCGGUAGCACACUGGAGGAUGGGGUGGAUCCCGCUGAACAGGCCCGGCGACAAAAGAUUGCCAACUCAAAGAACCCGAAGCGAACAGAGGCCAUGCUGAACCACUGGGCACGUUUCAACCGUGAGGGUCGCGUGCGCAAUCCCAAACGAUCUAAGGCUCAGAUUGAGGCCGACCGCGCGGCGGAGGCUGCUCGGAAGGCAUCUGAGCCCCCGAAGCCGGGAAAGAUCAAGAAGAAGCCGGAGGGCGGGGUGUAUGGGGAGCCUGCGCGACCUAACGCAGGGCUCGCGCCCGCACCUAUGCCUGCAUCGACACCUCUGGCUCCUGGUCCUCCUACGCAUCAUCAGCUCGCGCCGAUUGCUGCACCACGGCCGUCACUUACGCCAUAUGCUCCUAUUGAUCCUCGAGCGGUGGCACCAUUCCCCGGGCCUCAUGGUCUUCUACAGCAAGCGCCGCUGCAGCCGUAUCGCACACCAUACCCGGAGUACUACAGUCCUUAUGGGGCGCCUGCGCCUGGGCUGCCACCACCGCAUCCGCGACCUGCGUGA